AUGUUUGAUUCGAAGGGGAAUUCAUCCCCCAUCAUUGACUGGACGACACUCCCUCCGGAAAUCUUCGAGAUAAUCAUCACAUAUCUGGAUCUGGACGAGGUCAAAGCUCUUCGUCUAACAGCCCGAAAGUUCGCAGAGAAGUGCAUCGGACCCCGCUUUUUAGUAUCCAUUGAACAACCAACUCUCGAUGUAUCUUUGCAUAAUCUUCGUUCUCUUUACGCCUUGGCCUGCAAUCCCGCCCUCAGCAACAAGAUCUAUUCUCUGACCCUCUUGGCCACAAACCUCGAUUCAUCCGAACUGGAGAAAAAUGUGAAGUCAGGAAAAUACACUGUACACACAGCCAGAGGGCCUUUUUUCGAGGCCGUCACAACCCCUUAUACUCCGGAGGAACUCUCAAGCGCCAAAUCCGAUCUGGACUGGUUUGAAGAACAGCGAAAAGCCAGAGCCAAUGAGUCAUCGGAAGAAAUGCUGGAGCUUCUUCAACUCUUGCUCAAAGGAUUUGGCAAGUUGGAUUCUAUACACUUAGAUGGUGCGUUCAUCCGCGGACGUGAGCAAAGGGUAUCGACCUCGCAGGGGAAGUGGUAUCCUCUCUGGAUGCGAGCCUCAAGCAUCUUCUCUUUGGUUGUGACGGCUUUGGCACAAAGCGGGGUAUCAGUGAAGAAAUUCAAUGCAUAUCGCCAAACUCCCAGGUGCUGCAUUCCAUCUGGUCAUAUCACCACCUACGCAUCUGAUCUCGACUCAGAACAGCUAGGGAUUGUGGUCAAGAGUCUGGAAUCACUCGAGCUAAGUAUGUCCGUGGAGGUACAGAGCGCGCUUAACUCUACCGACACCGUUGAAAAUUCCAAGCGAGAUGAAGACACAGAAAGCGAAUACGAAGACGAAACAGAGGAUCACUUGAUAUGCGAUGAUCCUGGUGAAGUACUAGAUGUUGGGACUCCGGGUAUUACGUCCCUGCUCAAACCUGCGCUCGCUCUUCGAGAGCUGGAUUUAUUCUUCCGUAAUACCCUGGAAAGAGGGAAGUUGGACAGCUACAACCGUCUGAUUGAGAGUAUGGCCCAUGAAACCCAGUUCCCACUACUUGAAAAAUGCGCAUUUUCGGGAUUCCCGGCAAAAGGGGACUCGAUUCUGCUGUUUCUCCAAAAGCAUCCCGGCCUCAGAUCUUUCACAUUGCAUGAGUGUACUUUGACCACUGGGUCAUGGACGCCGAUUUUUUCUUAUAUGAACCAAUCAAUGCCAGGGCUAGAAAAAGUCAGCUUCUCAAACCUGUAUGAAAAGUUCAUUCAGGAUCCGAAACUUGAAGAGCAAGAGGAAGAGGGCAGUCCACAGCAAAUAUAUGGAAUGGUGAAUCUGCACCCAAUUUGGGACACUGAUCGACCGCGGCUUUGGGACAGCUUCACGACGACUCAAGGCAGGGAAGUGCACACUCGGAACUUCAACCACGAGGAAUUGAAGAAAGGGCUUAUGUUUCGGCCAGUAGUUAAGAGGCGUGGACGAUCUAAGAGCUCUCCGGAGGUUAUGCGGUGGGUGAAUUCCCGGAGAGCACUUUAUGGACCUCCAUAG